AAAUAAUGGCAAUAGCAGGAUUUACACGUAAGUAUAUUGUUAUAUUUUAUUUUCAAAUCCAUUUUUAGCGAUACAAUUUUUUUUUUAUGAACGAAUAAUAUAUUAUAGAACAUGUACAACUUGUCAUUAUGUUAAUGUAGCUUGGGCAAACACCUGUUAUGUAUGUAAAUAAAAUAAAUAUGAACAAAGUUGGCAACAAUGUUUAAAAUUUCGUACGCAAUUAUGUAAUCAAAAAUACGUCCUAGGAUAAUGGGGACGGGUGAAGCCACUGUUAUAGAUAAUUUAAUGUAUACCUGUAGGCAACCAUAACUAUUUCUUACGAAAAAACGAUUCUGAGCGGAGUUCAAUUGAUAGUGAUGCUUUGACAACAAUAUAUAUGUCAUUUUAUAGUAAAAUAAUUAAAUAGGUUAUUUUGAUAUAUUUUCUUUAAUAAUAUUUGUUUAAUAUUUUAUCCCGAAUUUUCACAUUGGCUGGGAAAACCCCCGAGAAAAUCGAAAUAUGAUCUCCUUAAAGUACCUUUCUACACCGAUUUCCUUUCAGAAAAUUUACCACUUUUAGAAAUCGGAGCAAGUUUUUUGAUAGAUAAGUUGUAAAGAGAUAAACAAAAAAAAAAAAAACAUUUUUUUAAAACCAUAAGCUUCUUCGCUCCACACAGAAUCUAGAGUCAGAUACCUAACGUCGUAUAAAAUCGUAUAGUUUAAAAUGAAAUCACCGAUAACUAACAUACUCUAUCGUGUUUUGCUCGAUUUUUUAAAUCCAACUGGUAGUUCCAGAGAUUAACGUGUUCAAACAAAAAACCAAAUAAACUUUUCAGUUUUAUUAUAUUAAUAAUAUAGAUUAUGUUUUGUUCUAGAAAAAUUUGGUGUUCAAGCCUAUGAAUAUGCGUUGUUUAAUAAUCGUAUGUAAAUUUAAUUACCUAAAUAUUAGUAUUUUACCAACCACCUCAGAAGGGCAUAUGAUACUACGGGUUUAGUGGAUUCAGAGCCCCGAGUACUUACUAGUGUAAAGCCUAGGGUGGAAUUGUAGUAGGCAUACAAUUUUGUUUUUGUAGAUUGGAGGGAUUCAUUUUAUAGUUGACAAUACUAUUCUCCUUGUAGGAGGGGAUUAGAAUCUUCACACGGUUCCUCUACUUGCCGUAAGCGCGGCAAAUGAGGUUGAGUCAGGUUGACAGUCAGUGUAAAAUUCUGCCAAACAAUAUGAGGAUUUGUAAAUAAGAAUUUUAAUUAUAUCGGAUGUGCGAAGAGACAAAAGAUGAGAGGCGGUAUAAUAUUGUAUGAUGUUUGCAGAUAAUUUAGCUUUGAUUGGCAAAAAUCUGGAAAAAGUUGAAACGCCUAGGAAAUUGAAAAGAGGAAUCAACGAAACUCAAUAUAAUUAAAAAAGUAUUAGCCUUUGAACACCAACUACCAACUACCUUACCGAGACUGAAAACACUGAAUCACAUAUGUACAGGAGAGCACCUCGCUCACGGGCAAAUCUCGUAAAAUUGGGUAUCGUAGACAAUCCAAGAAGUAACUGUGAAGAAACACAAAACGGCGGACAUCUGUUAAAAUGCAGGAAUGCGCCACAAGAUUGAAAGGACCUGCUUGGUUAAUAUUAACACAUCGGGAGGUUGAUUUCAUAAAGUAAUUGUCAGAGAUGGGAAUAUAGGGUCCGGGCGUGGACAUUGAAUAUCAAAGAAAUAUUACUGUCCGCGUCUAUUAUAGAUGAGUCAAAAUACACGAAAACCCCUAUCUUUUGCUGGCACCUUAAAAUGUUUUUUGUUGUGAGAGAUGUCUUAAGAUAGGAUUCACUGUAAUCAUUGAUUAGAAUAGUAAACUCUAUGUAUAAAAGAACAUGUUCUGACCUACUGACUGACUGAUUCAUCAUCGUGUAGUCCAAACUACUAGACGGAACGGGCUGACAUUUGAUAUACAGAUAACUAUUAUGACAUAAGUAUCCAUUAAGAAAGAAUUUUUGAAAACUCAACCUCUAAGAAGGUAAAAUAUAGUUUUUUAGUUAUUUUUGAUACGAAUAUCUAAUUGUUAAUUUAUUUAUUUUUGUUUAUUCAUUGGUUACCUUGGUAACAUGGAUGACAAUUUAUUUGUUACGGAUAAGAAAACUAAGUUUUAUUAUUAUUACUACUAUUUAAGCUAUUAUCUAGCAAUAUCAAAGGAUAUAAAACUUUUAAUUCACCGAAGGUUAGGUGGACAAAUAGAUGGACUACCCACUUUCCAUUUAUUUGUUUUCAUUCAAUUCUGACAUGGUCAAAACCAAAAAUGAAUAUGGGUAAAAAAAAAAAUUAAUACAAAUUGGCAUGGACAACGUAAAUAUUUUUUCUUAUAACUAUCAUGUGUCUGUUAUGGUUAUUCUGCUAACUUUAUGAGGGUGUUCCCAACUGUCACUGGUUUAUACAAUUCCCAUAAAAAUUGUCGUAUCGUUUACAUUGAUUACAUGAUUCCUGUGUCUUUUCAUCUAAUUUCCUGUAAAAGCUAUUAUUUGAUUUCAUAUUUGACUACUUCUUUCAUUAUGUUGUGAAUAGCUCUAGGUUUAUAAAGUGUGAGUACUAACCUUAAAAAAAAUAAUUAUUUUCUUUUUUAAAUAAUAAACGAAGAACGGGAACGAAUUUAUUUUUAAAAAGAAUGUUAACGACACAGAGAUUUCGGUAAUAUGACUGGAAAGUGAAAAUCUGUCAUAUUAUAUGGAAUUUGGAACGUACAAACACUUUAUAAACCUGGAGCUAUUCACAGCAUAGUAAAAGAAAUGGAUAAAUAUGUUUCUUUUUGUUAUCAGUUUUGAUAUAGUUCAUGAUGUACACGUAUUAUUACAUUUAAUUAAAUAGUUUCAUGAAUUCUUAUUUUAACCAAUAAUCAGAAUCGACAGAGCUAUAUGUUAACAAAAAAUUGGUUAGAAGAAGCUCGUCUAGUAGAUUAAAAAUUUGAUAAACGAAAUUUGUCUUCCCAAAAGCGUUGUACACACUUUUCAGAGAUGAAUAAAAUAAUUCUAGAAAAUAGUUACGUUCCUAUUCCUAAAAAUAAGGAAUUAAUUCACGUUCUUAUUCCUUUAAAAAACAAUGGAAUUAAUUCUUUCACUCUCGUUCCUUUAAAAAGAAAUUAAUUCCACGACUCGUUACUUAAAAAAAAUGUGAAAUCUCUAUCUCGUGGUAAGAUUGUUUGUUCCUGGAUAAAGUGAUUUUCACAAUGAAUAUAUUAUAAUACAAUAUUAUUUGGUAUAUAGUCAAUAAAACUAUAAAAAUAAAAGAUUCGAAAUGUAUUUAAUUGUUAGUAAAUGCAGUUUUUAAUGAGGAACAGAUAUUAAAAGGUGAGUUAUAUUUUUAAAUGUUUUACAUACAAUUAAUGAACUAUAAAGGUAAUUUGUAAACAUAAGCUGUAUACAAAUAAUAGCUUAUUUGUAGAAAUCUGUAGAAAUUUUCAGAUUUAUUUUAUUUUACAUUUUUAACUCAUUUAGUCUAUAAAGUUAAUCUUAACCAAGGAUUGAUAACAAGAACUUUUCAUAACUUACGAAGUAAAAAAAAAAAAACGAAAAACUAAAUAUGCGAUGAGCAAGUUCAAAAUCUUUUCUUUUUUUUUUUUGGUGAGUUUGAGACCACAAGGAAGCAAUUUCUAGUGUUAAUUUAAAAAAAAAAACAAAUUUAAAAAUCAAAACAGCUUUUUAAACAUACAAUUAUUUUAAAUCAAUGAGAAACGUUGUUAGUUAUUUUUGUUAUACUUACGUAAAUCAAAUGUCUGAAAAUUAUUAACAAUUUUUUUCCUGUAAUAACUCGUUCAUACUAAUGUAAAUAUAGUAACACACAGUAUUGCGGGAUAUAAAAGUAAGUAAAACUUAUUUUCAAAGUGAAUUUGAAGCUACGUUAUUUUUAAAAGAAAAAACGAAUACGUAUAUAAUAUCUUCAAAAAGUCGGUAUAUAAAAAUUAUUUACAAAAUUGGACAGUCAACUUAUUAGUUUUAACUAUCGAGUUAAGUUAAAUUAUUCUAAAAACAAAAAAAAAAUAAUAAUAAUAAUUAAGCUAAGUUAAUUUUAAUUAACGUGAAAUUAAUCUGAGUAACUGUUUGUUAAGUUACAUAUUUUCUGAAAAAUAAUAACUUAUUUAAAUUAUAAGUUACUUUUUAAAAAAAUGUUUUUAAUGUUGUUAAUUACACUCAUAUACGUAUUUUAUUCUUUAAUAUUUAGAAUUUGAUCGACUUGUAUUAUAAGAGUUGAUUAAUGGGAUUCCUUAUUAUGUAAUAGUGAUUUUUACGUUUUUUUUUUUUUUUUGUCGGUAUCUAUUUUAUGAAUAGCAUUUGAAGAAUGGCGCACUGGGGGCAGUAAGUUAAUUAUUGUUUUUUUAUUGGUUCAUUGCAUGCUAUAAUCUAAUGCGAAUUGUAACUAUUCUUAUACGGUUUUUAUUAAAUUACAAAGAAUGAUGGAAGUUUUCUGUUUAACAUUACAUUCAAGACGUUGUUUUAAUUUUAAUUUUUGUCAAUAUUUUAACAGAAUUUAAAUCUAAAGAUAAUGCUUUUUUAUUUGAAUAAUACUGAUAAAAUAACUACAAUAUUAUAAUAUUACUUAUUACUAUAAUCGUAUGUAUAUAAUAUUACCUACUAUACAUAUAAUAUUAAUAAAACAAUUACGAUUCAGGAAACUAUAUUAAAAUUAAAAAAUAAAAAUGUACAUAAUAAUAAUAAUAUUCAUCUAUUUUGAAUGUCGUCAAUGUUUAAUUUGAUAAAUGAACAAAUACGCAUUAUAUUAGAAAAUUACAUAUUUUAUUUUAGAUUAUAUGGUCCGUUAUAUCAAAAAAAUGAAAACUCAAGCCAAUAUUGAUGGUAACUAUACAGCAGGAUAUUAACUAAGUCUUAUUGAAAAAUAUUUUAGCCAAAUAAUUUAUGGUGACAAUCAUAUAAACAUUACACAAUAAUAACUAAUGAAACCAAUAUUUCUUAUAUGAAUAUUAUUAUAACAGUAUAAUAUGUUAUUUGCAAAAAAUAUUAUUUAUUACCAUGUGAAUGUAUAUAUUCGUAUUAUAUGUAUGUACUUAUGCAAAUUUAAAAUUGUUUGAUAUUUUAAUAAACUCACUCAAAUUUUUUUCGAAUAUACAGUUGAACUUUUAACGAAUUUCUAUUUAACGAAAGUCUCUAUACGUGUUUAGGUUAUUAAUGAAAUUUUUUAUUAAGGUUUAUGAAAUUUUCAUUCAAAAACAUUUAUAUUUAAUGAAUUAAUUGUGUGUUACUUUUCUUCAAUAAAUAUAAAAACUAUUGCUAUUUAAAAUAAGUACAAUUUUGUCAAGAAUAUAGAUCAUAUGCUAUCAUACCUUGUUAGAUUGUAUUACCUUAGAUUAUUGUUAUCAAUAUACAAAUAUAAAAGACGAAUAUAAAAAAGUUCUUCAAUAAAGAAUAAAACAAUUUUAUUAAUUGAAAUAUAUAAGUAACCAUCAUACUAUCAUAUUUUAAUUUUAUUUAUUUGAGUUAACUGAUUUAUAAAUAGUAAACAUACAUAAAAUAAUACAUUAUUAUAUACAUACAUAAAUGCACACAUUUUUUAUUAUAAAAAUGUAUUGUUUUGGGUAAAAAAAAUGUUAUUUCUUUUUUAUGAAAUUUAUAUACAACAAAUUGUUUUCAAAGAACCAUUAAGUUUAUUAAAUAGAAGUUCGAAUAUAUAUAAUAUGUUGUUUAAUACCUACGUCCAAAAGUCUAUAGUUGUGUAUUUUUACAUUGAAUUUAUUAAGUUAUUUGAACAAUUUUUUUGGUUGUCUGAAAAAUACAAAUUCACUAUUAUAAUAUUCUAAAAUAUCAAAAAAUAAUAUUAACUUUAAUAUUAAUAUUACGAUUAUCAACUAUUGUUUGUAUUUAGUAUUAUUUAUUGUUUUCAUAUUUUGCUCUCUUUUCUAAAAUAGUGACUUUAUUAGGAAAUAAUUAUAUAUUUUUUAUCAUUUUAACCGGGUAACGAUUCAUUUUUUCCACCUUAAUUGAUAUUAUUUAUUUACUUCAGAUAUAACAGACUAGAGUGUUUAUUUCAAUUUUAUAAAUGAUUAAUAUAUGUAUAAACAUAUUAAUUAUUAACGAAUGUCUAUCUAUUUCUUCAUUAGAUUUAGAAAAUGCUUCAAGUGUUCGUGAAUGGUGUCUUGGUAAAUAAUAUUCAUAAUCUUGUAAAUAAAAUAAAAAUAUGAAAAAUAACUCAGUCAAGCUUAAAAAGUAUAGAACAGAAUAUAAAAAAGAGCUGAUACUGGGUUGGGUGCAGCAACUGUUGUGGUGAGAAGUUGGAAAAGUAGGAUACAUAAAGUUAUUUCAUUUAUAUCUAUAAGCAACGGAAAACCUUUGCUUGACGAAAGACGAUUCCGAGUGCAAUUUGGUAAUACAUAAUUUGAAGUGUUGUAAUUUAUUUGCGAUUUUCGUUUAAAUUUGAUUUCAACACACUAAUUAAAAAAAAAAAAAAGUUGUCCGAUGAUUUUGGAAAUGAUGUCGUAAGAAAGUAAAUGAAAAAAUCCAACAAAAAAGGUACUUUGUUGUUUUUCGGUUAAAUCAUUUUUCUGGUAGAAAACGUCGUCCGUGUUUUUAUAAAAUAAUGAAAUCAUGAAAUUUUACUUUUUCCAACGUGUUUUCUCACUUAAGUUCUUUUAUUUAAAAAAUGGCGUCUAAAAUCAAGAAAUUAGCUCUUUAUAGUACCAUCUAGACAAUUUGAGUUUUCAGAGAAGUUUCGAUUUGUAAUGAUCGGAGCAAGUUUACUAGGAAAAAAACCGUGUCCACGGGCUAGAACAAAGAACAAAGAAAUAAACAGCAUUGUAAAACCAAUAGCUUCCUCGUUACGCUCGGAAAAUGUCAGGACCUAUAAUUUCUAUCAUUACUUUGAUAACAGAUUAAAUUUAUUGCAUUGAACAUUCUGGAUUUAUAUACUAAAAUUAAUAACGAUGAUUAUUAUUAUUAUAAUUUUUUCUGUUGGGGCUAUUUAAGUGCAACUGCUCUUAGUUACUCUCAAAAGUACCUUUUUUUUUUUCAAUACCAUUUGCCCUUAUCUAAUGAUUCUAAUGUAUCAGUUGCUCCCAACACAUUAUAAUAGAAAUUUUUUUUUCAAUGAUAAUAAUAAAUGACAUCUUAUACUAUAUUCUGGUAAGAAAAAAAAAACCGCAUAUAAUGAAAAUAAUGAAAAUGUUUUCAAAUCAAUUAGAAAUGUAGUAAUUCAAUAAAAUCGUCAGCGGUUUUUGUAUAAAUGUAGCUACCAGGUCUUACCUACCAAACUAAGUACCUACCUAAGUCUUGAAAUAUUAUUUACUAUUAUUAUUAUUAAUAAUAAAGAUUCAAUGAAAAUAAUAUGCAUAUUAUGAUAAUACGUUAUUACGAUUUAUGUUAAUUAUAAUAAACUGUAUACAUAUUGUGAUAAAUUUUAAUAAAAUUCCUCUUUUUUACUAUAGUAUGUAUACGCGCUAUUUUAUACAGGGAGGAUAACUGGUACAUUUGGUUGAGGGUAACUGGUAUAUUUGGUUGGGAACAACUGGUAUAUUUAUUAAAUACCGAAAAGAGUCACUGAGGACAGCUGGUCGACACCCCUAUUUAGAUCGUCAACAUGACUGUUGAAUAUUGUUGUCAAACAUAUUCUCCUCCAUCUAUCCCGAUUUUUUGAUAGCACUCGCUAACCUGAAUUCCUAUUAUCUAAUUCUGAGAAAUUCUUUUUGACGAAAUCAUGUUAACCAAGUUGUAGUAUUUUUACUUUUAGGGUUUUUUUUAUGAAUUUUUUGGCCAUUUGAUUCUUGUUUCUUCUAUCUGUGAUACUUUCAGAUUCUUUCUCAUAAAAUAACGAGGCGAGAUAUUAUGAGUAAGAUAGCUCAAAAUACUUGGUCGUUUUAACAGCGCCUCUGAUCCCAUAUUGUAUCUCUUAAUCAUAAUGUAGAGAUCCACUAAAAAAGGGUAUUCUAAAAUUUAACACCUAAAGAAGCUAAAAGAGGCAAAAGGAGUUAAAUAUAGAAACAGUUAUUUUUAAAAGCUACAAUACCUCUGAAUAAUGUAGGUUUUAUUUUUAUUUCAAAAUUUCUCGGAUUAAAGUUGUCCUAAACAUUGUUGUGACAACAAUAUUAUUAUAUAUUACUGCAAUAUUUAUUUAUUAGUAUUAUUACGAAUUAUUUUACUGCGAUCGUCCUUGGAAUUUUCAUUUCGACUUGGUGAUAAAUCAUGAUAAUAGAAAACCUUGACACGUGUAUAUACUCAUACAAUCAAUAAAUUAGCUAAAAUUAAAUCUGCCUAUGUAAUAAAAGUUGUCCCUACUAAACAAUGGGUUGUACAUACAAUUUUGUUUAUGAUACGGAACAGGUUAUAAUACAGAUAAUAUUGAUACAUAGGCCAAUUGAAAAUAAAAUUAAGAGCACUAAUUGUUUUAAAAUUUUCGUGAAUAGUAUAUGUCACUUAAAAUACAGUUUUAUGAAUUUUUAAAUAGUGAUGUCACAGUGAAAAAUAAUUAAAACUUUUUAUAUAUAACUAGUGAAAGAUAUGAUGUAUUAUUGAAAGAAGUCAAAGAAUCAAAAUCUGUCAAUGUUAACAAAACAAAUCACUAUCGAUGAUUUAACGGUUUGAUAUUGUUAAUAUUAUUGAAGUACGCAGGAUUUUUUCAAAGGGGGUAUCAUAAUAUACAUUAAUUGAUGAUCUCCAAUACAACUUAUUUUUGCUAAUAUCGCUUGGGAACUAUAUUUAGAUAGUUACUACCUUUUUUUUCUAGACAUAUUGUUUGGAAGAUUUAUUUUCAAAUCAGAAAAAAUAAGAAUAGUAGUAAUAAUAAUAAUAAUAAUAAUAGUUUUCUUGUCUGUGCCAACUGAAUUAUCAUCCAUAUCACCAAUGUAACCAAGUUAAUCAAGGUAACAAGUUAAUAAAUAAACAAUUAAAUAUUCCUAAUAAAAAUACCUAAAAACCUAAUCAUUGCAAUUUUCGUAAUGAUACCUAUUUUUUAUAGUAAUAUAGCCUAUAUUACUCUGGGAUAAUAUAGCAUUAUCAUGGUGAAAUGAUUUUUGAAAUUGGUUUAGUAGUUUUUGAAUUUAUCCAAAUCUUUCUUAUUUAUAAUAUUAAUAAGUAUAGAUUUUUUAUCACAAUAUAUAAUAAUUAAAAAUAAUAUAAAUGUGUGUACCUAUCUAUCUAAUAUACUUCAAUAAUAAUUAUAUAUGAGUAAAAUCCGAAUAUACAGCAGGGAAAACAAAUAUCACAAUAUUUUUAAACAAUUUCGAAUUUUUACCAAUGCUGGUUCUUUACCCUAAGAUUUACCAUAUCUCGUAUGUAAAAGUCCGAACUACAAAAAUUACUCGGAGUUUGACCAAACUAUUUUGUGUAUCCUAGGUUUGACUGGUACUCGUACUUCUACCGUAAUAUAUAUAUAUUACACUUAUUUACCUCAGCAUAUUUGUAUAAGGAAACCAAAUAUUAUAUUUUAGAUUUUGAGCGUAGUGAGAAAUGUGUUGGUUUUACUAUGAUGUGUGAUAAUUAUUUUUUUAUUACAUUUUAAUAUACAAUUUUGAAAAAAAACGUAAAUAUUACGGUAUUCUAAAAUAUGUAUAACCGAUGUUGCUCAGAAUAGUAUAUAAUUAAAUAUGGUUUAUCAUUACUCACAAAUAUAAAUUAAAUAACUUUAUAAAACAUAUCUCAUCAAUUAGUUUUGGUUGUUUUUUUAAUUUAUUCAUAGGUGUAUAUUAUAUAGAUUGGAACACAAUUAGAAAAAAACAUCCGUCACCAAAUCUAAUCGGUUAACGCUUUGUGAGUAAUUAUUUAACUCUGUAUAGGUAAUAAAAAGCAACGGGCUACGAAUUACAGGGAAAUAUAAGCCAUCAUAAUAAAGCUAAUCGAUCGUCAAACUGAAGAUACUAUUGCAAUAUCAUCUUUUGUUCGUUUAUUUCUGAUCAAUUCAGCAUCCUACACCAUACUACAACAAUAUGAAUAGUUUUAAAAAGAGCCGACCUGCUAAUGGGUUUACUACUGUUGUAGGUAGAAAGUGAGAAGGAAGAUUACAUACUUUUUUUUAAUUUCUAUCUGUAGGGCAAUGUAAAUCAUUGCUAAAGAAAAUUUUGAGCCAAGUUCGGUUGUAUAUGUUUUGAAAUGCAAUACAUUUUACGAUUUUUGUCAAAAUUUUAAUUUAAAAAACUUGUAAAAAGAAAAUAACGAAAUCGUACGCACUUAAUUUGUCCUUUUUUAUUUAGUGUUUUUUUUCGGUUUUUCCUAGUUAUGAAAAAUUAUUUGUUUACUUAUAGACUCCAAAAUACAACAAAUAAAGGUAUCUUGUUAUUUUAUAAUUGCAGUAACAUUUUUGGUAGAAAAAAAAUAUACACAUAGUAGUAAAACCAAUACGUUCCCCAAUAUCCUUUGAAUCUUAAAUGCUGAUAGUCCAAAUUGGUACCUAUUCUCUAUCUAUAUAUAUACAUACAUUAGAGUGGUUUUUAAAAACGAAGAUCAAAAUUUCAACUAAUAAUAUUAAUAUCAAUACAUUUCGUAUAUUAUGUAUUUAUGUAUACAUAUUUUAUUUAUUUAUAAUUAAUUCCAAUUUAAUAUUUAUUUAUUUCAUUUUGUUUUGUUAUAAUCAGAUGGUUUAGAAUUGACUUGUAAAUGUAAGUUUAUAUGACAUAAUAUAAUUGUAGAUGCAAACUAAUGCUGUUUAGCAAUAACUUGUUUUUUUUAAAUACUAUUAAAAUCAGGGCUUCAAACCGAAAUGAUUUAUUGUGGUUAAUGGUUUUAUUUUUCUUCUAUUUUUUUCGGUUUCAAAUGCCGCUUAAUAUUGAUCCUACAUAUUAUAGUUUUCAAAAACCGGUUUUCAGAUUAAUAAAACCUGUUAAUUUUGUUUUUUUUUUUUUAAAUUAAUUUUUCUUAAGACAAUAUUAUACAGGAUCUGGGUAUAACUGGACUAUUUGACAUUUUUACAUAUAACUACAAUGUAAAAAUGUCAAAUAAUUAUAUACAGAUAGAAGACUCAUAGACAUAUGUCUCGUCUACUUGAUGAAAUAAAAAAUUUCAUAAAAAACCUAAAAGUUAGCCACAUAGUGGAUGCGACAUAAGUUUUUUCAUAAUAUAUUAAUAUUUGCUAUUUUAUAAUAGCACCGAUGAUAACACUCAGCUGUCUAAUCUCUAAUCAUAAAAGUAUAAAACACAGUAGCCAACAAUCUCAUGUGUACUUAAUUAGCAUUAAAGGCCGUAAUAUAAAAAAGUUCAAAAACAAAAAUAAUUCUGGUUAAACAUAUGGUUUUCGUUCUAUAAAAUAAUAAAUUGUGGUUCCGUUUCCGUUUUGUUCAUGUAAAUUUUCCAAUAUAACCGGUUAAUAACGAAAUCAGUUAUAACCGGUUUGAUUAAAAUAUCAAAAUUAUAGUUACCAUAAUAUGUACCUAAAUAUUUUUUUAUUAAAAAAAAAAAAUUAACUAACUAUUAAUUAUAUUUUAUUGUUACAUCAGAAUUUAGAAUAUUUUCUACAACGCUAUAUAAUUUACGUAACCUGCUCAACAAGUGUAUUCCUGCAAAUUACUUAUUAAACAUUAAUUAUUAUAAUGAUAUAUAUAUAAGUAUAUAGAGAUAGAUAUUGAUGCAUUGAUUUAUAUUAAAUAAUGUGUUGACAAGCAAUUUUAUUCAACAGGUAACUUAUAUGCGGAUUUUGGUGAUGGUAAAUAUUAAUUUAAAUUAAUUUAUAUUUAUAAUUUAAGAGCAGGUUAAUUAUGUGAUGAAAUUUUCAAUUAGACAAUUAAUAAAACAUUUUAAGAAUUCGGGAAAGAAAAACAUAUAUGCGUUAUUGACUUUAAACAAGCAUAUUAUAAUUUUAUAAAAGAUUAGUUAUGGAAGGCCUUAGAAGAAUUUAAUUAUCAGCCAAAUUAAUUAAUAAUAAAAAAUUCUAAUGCAUAGCAGUUGAAAAGUUUAAAAUCAUAGAUACGAAACGUAGUUAGAGUAGUUGGUGUUGGCCAUAAGCUCAUAAAGAGAAAUUGCUGAUCUCCGAAAAAAAAAAUACUGAGAUAUACGUCUUCGGAUCUAUAGUUUUAUAAUUGAAAAUGAGGAAUAUUGAAUAAGAAUCAUUAGAAAUGUGUACCAAAUGUACCUAAUACUCAAUAUUAAGUCAUUUAUAAGAGGCACGCGUUUGGCGGGGCAAGUAUGGAUCAUGAUCCAUACUUGCCCAUGGAUUAUGGUUCAUGAAUCCAAUUAUAUGAUAAUAAAAGAAAUAAUAGGCCCUAAUCAAUGGGAAAAUUUACACACAAAACUCUACAUCUGAUGGUGACCGUUUGAAACUUAUCUUCAAUGAAAUGAAGAUAGAUUCCCUAUCAAUUUCAACCGUCAGGGUAAACCUUCAGACUGGAUCUAUCCGUCGGAAACAACUCUUACGGAUAUCAAACAUAUUUUUGAAACACUACAUGCACAGUUCAAAUUACGUCAUUCUCCAGAUUUUAAAGACCUACGCUUUUCAUCAGAUCGAACGAGCGAGAACAAAUAGCAUUACUUUAGAAAGAACUCGAAUUUUGUCACGAAAAAGGCGAUACGGACAAUUAAAUAAUACAUAAAAGGUAACCCACAAUUAUAAAUUUAAAAAACACGUAAAAUUAAAUCCAUUUACUAUUUCAAUGUAUUACCAAUAUGUACGUGAUUUAAACACUAAAACCCAUUUGUUAAACUUCCGCAUUCCCUUAUCUUGCUUCAAAGUUUAUGCUUUUACUGAAACUUGGUUACCCAACAAUAAAAAUAUAUUAGAAUUAGUCUUAAAAGAAUAUAAUAUUAAUUCGAUAUUAUAGAAAUACUCAGAUUACCAAUCUUACCAUAGAUGAUGGAGUGCUUAUCGCUGUAGAUAACAAAUUACUGUUAUACAUUUUAAUUGUGUUGAUAAAAUUAGAUCAUAAAAAUGUUAUAAUAAGCCCUGUUUAUAUUUCUAAUAAAGUAUCUUUAUAAGUAUAUUCAGAAUAGUUUAAUGUUAUAAACGAUACAUAUUAUAAACAUCCCAAUUCAGAUUUAAUUUCACUUGGUGAUUUAAUAUUCCCUUUGCAAUUCUAGAAAAUACAAACAAUUUCUUGAAUGAAAACAUUUGUUUCUUAAAUAUGAAAUAUUUAACCAUUACUAAUUUAGCCAUAUUCAAACAACUCUUUUGGAAUCUUUAAAUAUAAAUGCACAAACAGAUGUGAUAUAUAUUGAUUUAAAAUAAGCUUUUGAUCGGAUUGAUCAUAACUUAUUGAUAUAAAAAUUAAAAUGUAAUGGUAUACAAGAUCCACUUUUAUCAUGUUUUUCUUCAUUUUUAACGGAAAGAUUUCAAAUUGUCAAAUAUAAUGAUUUUUUUCAAAUCUGAUAUGUAUUAUAUCUGGGGUAAUUCAAGGAGACCAUAUUUGUCCACUAUUAUAUUUCUACUAUUCAUAAGCGAUAUUUCUUCUGUACUAAAACAUACUGAAAUUCUACGUUUUGCCUAUGACGCUAAAAUAUUUAAAUUUAUUAACUUCGUUUAUUAUAAUUAGCAGAAGCUUUGGAAUUACAAUCAGAUUUAGACGCAUUUUGCGAUUGAUGCAUUAAUAACGGCAUGGAACUAAAUAUAAGUAAAUGUUUAAUUAUCUUAUUCUCUCUCAAAAAAAAAAAAAACAAACUAUUCUUAAUUUUAAUUACAAUUUUUAGUUCCCAUUCAGGUUACGAAAGAGUAUCCAGAUUUUUUAGCAUUUCCAUUUUAAAGAAUCGUAGAAAAUAUCUAUUUUUUAUUUUUCUCUUUAAAUUAUUAAAUAACAAAAUUGAAUGCCAAGAAAUAUUAGAAAAACUAAAUUUUAAAGCAAAAACUAUCGUUACAAGAAAAAAUGAUUUAUUUAUUUUAAAAAAUAUACGUACUAAUUAUUCUUUUUCCUCUCCCUUAAAUUCACUAAUGUCCAAUGCGAAUUCAGUAAAAUUAGAUUUUUUUGCAAUAUAAAUGAUAUUAAGUCAACAUUUAAUGUACAAUUAUUUAAAUUAUGUUUCUAUAAAUUAUUUUCUUUAUCCCUCUCUCUCAUAUACUGUAUUUUAAGCUGUCUUAAUAUUAGUUAUUAAAUUGUAUUUUAUUUGUUCACUGUUAAUUGUUUAGAAAUACUAGAAGUACUAGAAAUAGUAAAAAAACGAAGGCAUUGAUUAGGUUAUAGAAGUUGAAAAAGAAGAUGCCAACUUAUAAUAUUAUUAAUCAUAUAUCAAUAAUUUAUAUUUUGUCUUGUCUUAUCUAAAUUAAUAGUUGUUAAGAAUAAUUAAAGUAACUAACUAUAUUUUAAAAUAUGAUUAAAGCAUUUUUUGAAAAAGAAAAUAUUUUCUUUUACUGGUCCAGAUUUUCUCUUUUCUCAGUGUAAGAGAGUCUAGGAUUUAUUGUAAACUUUAUAUAAUAGUAAAAAUAACGAAGCCAAAUAUUCAAAUUUAGUUUUAUUAAUAGGAAUACCUACUCAUUACUUAAUGCUCGUACUUGAUUAUAGAGAAAUUUAAUUAAGUUUUGUGAUUUCUGGUUUUUAUUACAAGGUGUAAUUUGCUUGUAAAAAAUUCGAUAAAGAUGAUCGCUUGCAAUGCUUUUUUUUUCUAAUACGAUUUUAUGCGAUUUUAUUCUUCUUCCAUGUUGUAUUUUUAAUUAGGAUGUGAAAGUGGUGGAAAAUGUGCAGAAUAUGCUUUCAAAAAUUUAAGUAAGUUUAUCAAAUUAAAAACUUUUUCAAAUAAUAAUUGAAAUUGUCUACAUCAACAUUUGUUUUAUCUAUUGCUUCAUGAAUUUGUAGGAUUUUUCCUAAUAUAAGUUACCAUUUAAAAACCAAAAAUUGGAAUUAGUUUUACCAACAUACACAGAAAUAAAAACAUAAUAGCAAAAAAGAGCAUAAACUGAGGAAAGGUUUACCACUGUUGUAGUGGGAAGUCAGAAUGGUAGUAAACAAAAAGUUGUUUAAUUUAUAUUUGUAAGAAAUGAUAAACCAAUGCUAACAAAAAACGAUUCAGAGUGAAGUUCACUUAUACAUGUUUUGAAAGGCUGUAAUGUAUACGAUUUUUGUCAACAUUUGUUUUUAAAAUUGUUAUAAAAAAAAAAAAAACCACAUUAAACUAAAUUUUAUGUUUGGAUACCUACCAAAUAAAAAUGAUGUAAAUAACUCGUAUAAUUUAAAUUUCUAUGAAUAGCUCAAUUGCUUUGAAAAUUGUUCCACGUUAAGAAAAACAAAUAUAAGUUUUCUGUCAAAAUUUCAAUAUAUAAUCUAUAAAUAUUAUUAACUGAAUUGCAUUACAAAACAAAAUUAAAAAUAAUAAAAUAAUAAUUUUCGUACAUUUUCUAUUUCUUUCUAAGUAUUUUUCAGUUUUGCUCAAUUAUCAAAAAAAUUACAAAGAAAAUCAAAAAACAACUUUCAUAAUUACCACUAAAUUUCUUUUUGCUUAUCACCUACUUAUCCUUGAUCCUCUCCCUAUAAAUUCUUCAUUUGAUAAAAAAGAUGCUCAUAGACGAAAAAAAAGCACACAUCAUAGUAAAACCAAUAGAAACUUCGUAACGCUCCGAAUAUAAUACACUAUUUUAGAACAACAGUAUUUUACAUUUUUAAAAAGAAAAUUCUCUUAACUACUUUUCAUGAUAAUGAAUGUCUAAGUACUCUGCAAAUAUAUUUUUUUUCGUUGUUACUAAAAUAAUUUAAAAAUAAUUUUUAGUUACUACUGAGAUAAGGGGUAAGUUGAUUUUAUUUAAAUUUGUAUUAUGAUACUGUGUGGUUCAUAACCAUUAAAGUUAGAUACAAAGUUAGUAAAGAAAGUUACGGCGACUUGUAUACGCGUAUACACUUGUGAUAAAAGAAAAAAAUUAACAAAAAGAACAGAAACUGCAGACGGGUACACCACUGUUGUAGGUGGGAAGUCGGGAAGGUAGCAAAUAAAAGUUAUUUAAUUUAUAGCCGUAAGAAACAAUAAACCAAUGCCAACAAAAAACAAUUCAGAGUGAAGUUCACUUAUACAUGUUUUGAAAGGCUGUAAUGUAUACGAUUUUUGUCAAAAUUUGAUUUUAAAUACUAAAUUACAAUUAAUUUUUUUUUUUUUGAUCACUAUGUACAACUUAUAAUGACUCUUCUGUCAAAUUACCAAGCAUUUGUAUUUAGCCUAAUAGUUUUUCUUACAGAGUAGGUAACUACCAAAUAAAAAUUAUGUAAACAACGUAUUAAAUUAAAAUGUUUAUAAAUAGCUCAAAUAGCCCUAAUGGUUUAAAAAUUGUAUUGCAUCUAGAAAAAGUAAAUUAAAAUUCUUUCAAAGUUUCAAGUUUCUUUGAAUAUUUUUAACAAAAUUCCAAAAGAAAUUAUUUUUAAAAACUUGGGAAAAUCAAAAAAUAUUUCCUUUCUAAUGCAUAGACUAGAUAAAAUUUCUUUUUAGAAAAGAUGCUAUACUCCAUACAUUUGGGCAAGAUUUCUAUUAGAAAAGUUGUUUUACAGACACAAAAAAACAUAUGCACAUCAUAGUAAACCAAUUCUAUCCUUAGUUAUGCUCUGAAUCGAAAAUAAGAUAUUACGUUGUAUCAAAAUAUAUUAUUCUAAUAUCCAUAGUAAAAUAAUGUUUAUGAUUUUACUAGAUAUUUCUGAAAAAUACAUGAAGUAUCUUUUUGAUUCAAUUAAAGAAGGUACGUUAUAUGAUAUAGAAAACAAAAUUAUAAAUCGGAUUAUUUUUGACAUAUUUUAAAUAUGAUUUGUUCAUUUAAACGUAUUUUUAUACUAUAAACUAUAUUUUUAAGAGGAUUUUACAAUAAUAUUUUGCUAUCAUUAUCUAUCUUAAUGGACAAUGUAAAAAAAAGGAAGUACGAAAAUUCGUACUUCUAAUAGUUUAAUAGGAUUUAAUAGGGUUUAAUAAACCUAAAAAUAAAAAAAAUUAAGUCAUCAAAUAAUUGACGACAACAUAUAGUAUGCUUUCAAAGAGAGAUGUUUUCUAAAAUAAAAUUAGAGUCUGUUUUUUUCCCAAUUCGAGCAAUGAUCAUAAUAUACUUAACAAUAUAUUAUAGUAAACAAUUUGAAAAAAGAAGUAUAUAAUCCAUUUUUUUUUUCAUUAGCUUUACCACCUUUGAAUUUACCAGUUACAUUUUGUAAAUUGAAAGCAAGUAAGUAUAUAUAAAAAAAAGCCCAUUAAGCUUAUUAUUUUAUUCAUUGGUAUAUUAUAUAGUAUAGAUUACACCUUUUAAUUUGACGUAUUAUUUGAAUUUUAAUAGUUGCUACUACCUUUAUAAUGUAUACUAAAAUGCUAUUAUUUAGUGGGGUUAAAACCGUUGAAAGUUGUUUUUAAGAUUCAGUUUUCUAUUUUCGAAAGUACCAUUUUAAUAGUUGUACAAAAGUACAGAGCAAAAAUUUGUACCUGAUAUACAUAUAAUAAAAUAUUUGUAUUUAUUAUACAUAUAGAUAAGGAAUUAUUUUAUAUAAUUUUGUAUUUUUUUCAUUAGAUUUCCUGUUUAGUAAUUCAAGAAUGAAAAAUAAUACGUAUAUAACAGCAAUUAUUAAUGGUAAGUUAAUGGCGAAGUCCAAAUAUAGCCUUGCUUUGGUAUUACAUUAUUAAAAAAAUAUGAGGAAAAACGACCCGUUUUAAAUUAAAAUUUAUUUAAAAAAAAAAAAAUAAUAAUAAAUCUGUUGGUGAAUCAAAAAAUAAUAUUAGUCUUUUUUUUACAUUGAACUGAUGGCCUAUGUUAGCAAAAUAGUUUAUUCAUUUUCUUAAAUUUUUUUCUUGUGCUCAAAUAAAAAACAUCUAAUCACUUGUUGUAAAUAAUAAAUAAUAAUUAAUUUAUGCCCAAAAAUACUUAAUUUUUUUUCACGUUAAAUAAUCUGUAUGUAUAAAAUCCAAACCCCACUAACUCAUUGUUGGCUUCAUUUCAAAAAAAAACUCAACGUAUUCACUUGCAAUUUGAAAUAGUGGUUCCUCUAAUACUUUCACCGUGCAAUGAGAAAGCAUUUUUAAAAAUUCAACCCCUAAGGGGGUAAAAUAGGAGUUUUUAAGUAUAUUAGACCCGAAUAUCUAAUUACUUAUUUAUUUAUUUAUGUUUAUUCAAGGGUUACCUUGGUGUUACGGAAAAAAAAACUAUUAUAUUUAUUAUUAAUAUUAUUACUAUUGUUUGAAUUAUUAAAAUUUCACAAAAGAACACAUUUAGUCCACCGAAGGUGGACUACUCACUUUCCACCUAUUUGUUUUCAAUUCUGACACGGCCAAAAUCAAAAAUUAAUAUGGGUAAAAUAAUAAUAAUAGAAAUUGACAUAGGCAACACCGGGUGCAGGAAAGCUAAUAUGUAUACAUAUUAAUAUAAUAAUUUUUUUUUAGAUUUGGAGCGUAGGGACAGAUUUAUUAGAUUUACUGUGAUGUGUGCUUUUUUUAAAAAUGUUUUUUCUGUCUGUAAAUAACUUUUCGAAAAGAAAUCUUUUUCCGAUGUAUAGAAUAUAGUAACUUGUUUGAAAGGAAAUUUGGUCUAGUUGGUAUAAUAAAAGGGUAAUUUUUUGAUUUUGAGUUUUCAAAGUAAUUAGGAAAAUCCUUAAAUAACAUUGUAGGUGAAACGGUAAACAUUUACAGUGAGCUUUUGUGUUACCGUUUUUAUUGUUUUUAAUAUUUGUCCUCAAUAUUUACUCUUUUUUUCAUUUACCUAUGUUUUAUUUGUAGGCGAUUAUCGUUAUUAUUUCUUAAACGUUAGUGAUAUAUUGCAUUCAUUUAUAAUAGGGUUUUUUUUCGGGACUUUUUUGCUUUUAUUUGUAUAUGAUACCAGAAAAUAUAAACUUGUCUAUGCAUACUUAUUUAUUUUAUUUAUUUGGUUGAAUAAUAUUUAUUUGUAUACUAUGUUUAGAAUGUGUAGGUAUGUACAAAUUUGUGUUAUAAUAUUUAUUUAUUAACUGUGAGCAUAUUAACGACAGUUAAUAGUUAUUCAUUAAAUUAUGUUUAAUCUACCUAUAGUGUUAUAUUAAACACAUACUUAUAAUUUUGAUAUAUAUUAAUUUAUCUUGUUUUAAGUUAAUGGUCGACUUGAAGUCGAAUGAUUGAGAAUUACUAUUAUUAUUUAGCUGAGAUAAUUUAACAUUGUCUUCGUGUGUUUUAACAUUUAACUUAACAAGGUAAAUUUAUUUUUCAUUUACUUUUAAAUUUUAACCGAUAACUUAAAUUGUUGAAAUUAUUUUCAUUGACUCGCUACUUUCUUUGUUUAAUCUGACAUAAGUUAACCUAAUAAUGCAUUCAUUGUAAGCAGUUAAGACAUUGUUUUUAAAAUUUUAAAUACAAAAGGAAUACGUGAAUCAAUGUAUGAACAUUUUAUUUGCCUACCGUUAAGGAUAAUACAUUUGUUUUUAUUUAAUAUUUCCCAUAUAAUAAUAAUAAUAUAAUAUUAAUUUGUUUACUAUAAUAAUAGAAGACAUUAAAGCAGAAGGGUUCUCCGGUAAGUUGAAAUAUUAAAUAAGUAUCUACCCACUUAUAAUGGCGUGGUGAAUGCGGUAUUUUGAGGCUUCUACAAAAAUGACGAAAAGGUGGUAAGGCUAUAGAACCACAGACUAGUGAGUUUGAAGUUAUAACUAAUAACAAUUAAUCAUUGAUGUCUGCGUAAGAUAUUUUGGUUAAUUUAAUUUACUAGAGAUAACUUAACCUUAUUACGUGAAAACAUCGGUUUUCACACAAACUAAUAUAAUUUAAAAUGACUGUUACUUAGAAACUAGUCAUCGGAUAUAAAUGUAUGAUACAUUAAAUUUUUUAGAAAAAUAAACUACAAAAUGGAUGACUUAAAAUUAUCCGAAAAUAAUAAAAUAAAGUUACUUUUUUAAUAAAAAAAAAAAUUCAUAUAUAAAUAUUUGUAAUUCUUAUUUUUGUGAGUAAUAUAAAAACAAACAUAAUUUGAUUAUCUUUAUUAUCUCCGGAAAUAUCCAAGGGGUAUAUUUUUGUGGGACAGCUUGUAUAUCUACGGAAUAUUUAUUGUAUACAAAUAUUAUAAAAUAUAAUAAUUUUAAAUUAUAGUAUUUAUUUUACUUUUUUUUUCAGAGACGAAUAUUGAACAAAAUAAAGAAUUCGCAUUUUUUCAUAAGAGUAAAUAUCAAACUUACAGUGGCGUUUCUAGGAUUUUUCAAUAGAAAUAAAAAAGGAGCUUCACUAAUAAAACUAGUACAAUAAUUUGUUGUACUUAGUUAAACAAGUAGAUGACAAAUAGUGCAGACUGCAGAUGUGCAAUGAUAAUUGUUUUAAUUUAUCAGUGCUAAAUAGUUCUUCUAUAAUAAUAAAGCCCCCCCCCCCUAACUCCUCCGGGUAUGCUAUUGUCCACCUUAACUAUAAACUAUUUGUAGUUAAAAAUAUAAUAGUUUUUAACUGUAUAAUACGAAAAAUGUUCGUUAAAUAAGUACCCCUAACAUAUAAAUUCAUUAAAAUAAUUUUACCAAUAAUUGUUUUUCUAUUUGUAUAAAUUUAUAAUCGUAAAUUCUAAAUGUGCACACUUCUUAUACCUCUCAGUUAUACCAGUGAUUCACUUUUUUCACUGUUUGACGAACAUAAAACUGAAUCAUCAACUCUGUUUAUUCAUGGUUCUUUUAAUAAUAUAAAAAUAUACUAUUUAACUGGUUGACCGUCUGAUAGCCACAGAAAAUCACAUCCAUUUAUAAAAUUUGCGACUAAGAUCUAAAUCAUUGUAAGAUCAACAUUCAAGUUUUCACCCUUUGAGCUAGAAAAUCAGAAUCAGAUCUACCCAGUAGUUUUUGGAUGAUGCAUAAAUUAGAUUUCAACCAUUUUAUUAUUUGUAUAGAAUACUUUUACAUAAAGAUAGAUAACAAGAUUGUUUGUUUGUUUUCAUUUAUAUACAAAUUAACUUAUCUUUGUACUUUUUUUUUAAAAAAAACUGUUUAUUUGUAAUUUUGUAUUAUUAUUUUUGAUUAUUAACUAUGAAUUCCAGUAAAUUUUUAAAUUUAUCAUGGGUAUACUUCAAUUUUUUAUGUAUCUGAAAUUCAUCAUAUCAUAUCAUAAUUUUGAUGGUGGGAUAAAUAAAUUAUUUAAACUAUGUUUGAAAGAAAACGAUUUAAACAAUUGAUUUAAAUGACACUAAACCAGAGGUUCCCAACUUAUGGUUCGUGGACCACUGGUCCACAGAUAUUGUGUGGUGGUCUACUAGCAAUACCUAUACAAUUUAAAAAUAUUUAAUUUUUCUAUUGGGACGUGACACAAAUACGGACAAUCGUGAAUAGUAAACUAGGACGAAUUUUAAAUAUAAUGAUUUCGAAACGAUAGGUAUCCGAAGAAAGUAUAAUUCGAAACCCUUUUAUUGUAAAUUUCGAUAAUAUACUUUAUCAUGACUAGGAAGAUUUGAUAGAGUUACUAAACGGUUGAAACUGUAAGGACACGUUUGAAUCUAGCAUGCUUAUCGAAGAGUUUUGGUGUAAAAACGCAAUUGCGUAUCUUAAUUUUUGAGAAGUCUUAUUAAGAUAUUUUGUGAUGUUUUCAACAACUUGUUUGUGUGAAUAAGAAUUUGCGGACUAUUCUAUAUUAAAAAUAAACAAAGAAACCGGUUGGACAUGCCACUAAAGACAUGCAUACAGUUUUGAGCAGUAUUUCCUCAAGAAUACCUUUGUUAUUAAAGGAAAUGCAAGCCCAAAAAUCACAUUUAAUUGUUUUUAUAAUAGUAAUUUAUGUUAAAUUGUUGACGAUUUUAAUCUUUACUUAAAAUUGAUUAAUUAUUAACAUUAUUAUUAGGAAUUACCUAGAAGGAAUUUCAUUGUUUUUUAUUUAUUUCAUAAUCUUAAUUCUAAAAUCUGUGAAAAUAAUUUAUUCUUAUUUAUAAGAAAAAUAAGGUCUACAAUUGAGGUAGUUCGAAACGUAUCGAAAAUUUUCUGGCCUGUCAAGUGUUAUAACAAUUGGGAACCACUGCACUAAAUAAACAUUUGUUUUAAUCAGAAAAAAAUUUCACUUAAAAGUUAAAUUCAUGAAUUUCAGGUAUCGAAAUUCAAUUUUUGUUUUUAUUACUACCGAAAAGGGCUACAUAUUUUCGCCCAAAUCUAUCUACUGAUUUGCACCCAAAUGAUCUUUUUCAUAGAAACUCAAAAAGAAUAAUUUGGUUCUCACCCAAAGUAACAUUAUUCAUCAUAAACGAAAAUAAAAAUUUUGGUUACUAAUGUAUUUUUUUUAUUGAAUGUGAUAUUUAAUCUUUUAGCUCAUAAACUUUAACGUAAGUGUAUACCUAAGUGUAAAAAUUACAAAAAAAAAAAAAAAAAAAUAGUAUAAUAAUAAAAAACAAAUUAUUUGCAAUUAACUCAUUCUAACCAAACUUCGCUCCAAAUCUAUUUCGUUAUCAAUGGUUUAUCGGUGGUUACAGGUAUAAAUAAAAUAACUUUAUGUAUCCCCACCAUUUCCACUACCUACCUACAGUGGCCGCACACGUCCCAGCAUCAACUUUUUUUUUUAUAAUAUGCUUUACACCUUUAUUAUAUUUACAUUGACUAAUAUUUUAAAUAUAUCUAUAUGCCAUAGCUUUGGCAAAUAAUUAAUUUCUUAUUAUUAUAUUUUUUUUUUUUUUUAUUGUUUUACACUUGGAUAUACAUUUAUAUUACGUUUCUCAACUAAAAGAUAAAUAACACAACAUAAACAAACAAAUACAGUGGUAACCAAAAUGUUUUUAUUUUGUUUAUGAUAAAUAACAUUACUUUUGGGUGAAACCAAAUCAUUCUUUUUUUAGUUUGGGUAAAAAAGGUCAUUUGGGCGAAAACAAGUUCGCCAACUAAAAAAUCAUAAAGAGUUCUUUAAAGUAGUUUUACAAAAUUGCGCGAAACUAAAAAUUAGUUAAUAAUAUUUGAUUUUAUAUUUUAAAAUAUAUAAUGUAUCCUAAAUAAAAUGUUUAAUUUGUUUAAUUUUUAGGAGAAAAAUCGUUGGCUCUCCCAAGUAAACAAAUUUAAUCUUAAUAAAUUUAGUACACAAUUUUAUAAGAUGAAUCCUUUUUUUUUUAAAAAAAAAGAGAUUUAUAUAUUCAUUAAAAUAUAUUGAUCAGUGUUAUAAUCAGCUAAUACGACAUAGUAUAGUAAACUUAAUUGUAAUAUUGUCGGAACUCGUCUAAUAUGCUUCCUAUCGUGAAUCUGUUAAUGUAGUAUGUGAGGCUAGGUUAGGUUAGGUUAAGUUAGGUUCUGGAAUCUAUCUCUGGAACUACCAGUUGGAUUUUAAAAAUUGAGUAAAACAUGAUGGUGUAUGUUAGUUAUCGGUGAUACCUUCUUAAGCUAUAGAAGUGUAUACGACGUUAGGUACCUGAUUUUAGUUUCUAAGUAGAGCGAAGAAGGUUAUGGUUUUACAUAGAUUUUUAUUUUUUAUUUUUAUCUGUUAACAAAUUUUCUACCAAAUAAUUGCUCGGAUUUCUAAAAGUAGUACAUUUUCUGAAAGAAAAUCGGUGUAGAGAGGUACUUUAAGGAGAUCAUAUUUCGAUUUUCUCGGGUGUUUUCCCAGCAAAUGUGAAAACUCGGGAUAAAAAAUUAAACAAAUAUUAUUAAAGAAAAUAUAUACAGCUCAUUUAAUUAUUUUACUUUAAAAUAACACAUAUAUUAUUGAAAAAGCAUCAUUAUCAACUCCACUCAGCUCAGAAUUGUUUUUUCGUAAGCAAUGGUUUAUCGUUGCUUACAGGUAUACAUUAAAUUAUCUAUAACAGUGGAUGUACUCGUGCCCGUUAUUCUAGGACGUCUUUUUAAAUAUUAUUAUAUGCAAUGUUAUCCUAGACAAAUACAAAUAAAUCUUUGUGUGCAGUAGGUAUUAACGGACCGCCACCAUUCUUCUUUUAAUUGUAAAUCUAAUAGAUUUGUUGUGCCUAGGUUUUUAUUUCCAUAUUUUGUUUUGGCACAUCUCUAAAGUCCAUAUACAUUCAAUGGUUUUGUGUUUGUAUCCCCGUUAUAAGACUAAUAAAAAACUUAAAAUAAUUGACUAUUUCAUAACUAAAACCUAUGUAUUUUAAGGUAGUAUAUACUGGUCAUUGAUCUGAAUAAAUUGGUCUCCAAUUCUAUUUCAUUCUGUAUUAUUGGUAUAAUGUUAUUUUAUCUGUUUAUCUACUUUAAAAAAUCGUCAUUUUAGAACUCUAUCAACAUCCUUAAAACACAUACCGAAAAUCCACGGCCUUGAGUGCGAGUACCGUAAUUUCGUUGAAUGAUUAUCAAUAAUGUCAGUAUUUUAAGUAAUUGAUACAUCGUCGUCUACACUUGGAAUAAUUUUUCCAUUCCUCAAUCUUCCUUUAUUAUAUUUCCGUUUACUUUGAAAUACUGACUUAUCAAUUCGAAAAAUUUCACCUGAAAUACCUAUUUUUUUUAAACGCUUAUCGAACAUUGUAACUGCUACAUCUUUACGGAGAUUCUAGUCUACAAUCGUAUUGCGAGUUUUUGCUGUAAAAUGUUGGGUUAUUGAAAUUGGUAUUUGAUACACUCAGUUUCAAGCUAAUUCUAUAAAUCCCUUUCAUUUAAUGUUGAAUCACUAGAAGCUUUAUCAUUUUUAUCAUUAUAUUUAAAUACAUAUUUUUUUAUUUUAAGAGUGGUAAGUUUGGCGACCUUUAUUUUUAAACUAUAAAUAAGUAGUGUAUAAUAAUAAAUUACCAUUCGAGUUCCUUUUGUGAUCUCUAUAUUAUCUUUCUUAAAGUGUGUUUGUCGUGAUCUAGUGAUUAUACACGCUUAUUAUCAUCCUAGGGUUUUUAUACUACAGAUAAUAGUGAGUGGAUGGACUGUGUGUUUAAAUGUUCCCACUGAUAACAAGGAUGACCUGUCCUCUCCAUUUUUUUUUUUGAAAAAAUACAGCAAACGAUGAAUGCUAAACACAUUCUAUCACUUGGAAUUGUUAUUUACUUAAAACUCUGGAUUUUCAUAAUCAUUUUUAAUCAAUUUACAUGCAACGUUUUGAAUACACAAGAUGAAAUGGUACAUUCCAAAACUCGGCUAAGUCAUCUCCGUCUAAACCCAGCUAAUAGUUAAAACAUGAUAAGGACAUGAUUAUUAUUAUUUAUUUAUUUAAAAAAAAAAAAGUAAUAAUAAUAUAGAUUAUUUUAGUUUACUUUUUACUAAUAAUUUACUGAGUAAGGUCUAUUCAAAACAGCUUCCAUUUUAAAUAUAUCGUUAUUAUCUUUUGUUUAGAUUUAUUUUAUUUUUAAAUAUACUGAUAAGAAAAAUAUGUUUUAUCUUAAGUUUACGUGUCUUCAUAGGUAUACGAAAAUUAAUUAAAUAUUAUAUGAAUUUAAUUUCUAGGUUUUGUGUGGUCGUAUAUUUUUGAGGGGUUUUUUGACUUUGACUUUCAAAGUAUGUAUAUUAUUUUAUAAGCCCUCAAAUUAGUUAAAAAUUACGUCUUUGAAAAGUAUAGCCUAAUCUUAGAAUAUUUUUAUUAUUAGGCGUAAAAGCAGAUAAACCAGAGGAAUGGUGUGAUCGUGUAUUACCGAAACUUGCACCGAAACCGAAUGGACAGAAAUUAGAAGAACUGGAAGAAUCGGAAUCGAAUGAAUCGGAUUAUGAAUUGGAAGUAUUGACUCUGGGAAAACCGGUUGAGCACCCUUCCUACUAAAAGAAAAAUUAAGAUACCCAAACUAUUAAACCCUUAGCUUUUAGAACCCAUAUUUCUUAAUACGAGCAAUAAUUUCAAUUAUUAGAAGCCUAUUAUAUAAAAUACAAAUAUUCCCAGUUCUUAUAGGUUUUUAUCGGUUCUUUGGGAUUACAUAGAAAAUGAUUGAAAAAUAAAUAAAUUAAUGUAAUAAGAAUUAACUACUAUCAUUGUUAAAUAAAAUAUUCAAUUUUUGGAAAUUAAACAGAAAUAUUGUAUUUAUAUGUGUUUUAGAAUAUCGGC